ACUUACUUGCUAACUUGAAAAAGCACAAAUUUCUUUUGUAUACCAGCAUUGUGCAGCAGAGUACUUCCCCUCCAAAGGGAUCAACACCCCUGAGGCAUCGCAUGUCGCGCAUCAAGAGCACUUUAGACUCUGUGUCGAAAGCUGUCAGUAACACACACACUGAGCUCAUUGGAAAACUUGUACGAUUGAAGCCCAGCCUAAAUAUUUCAGCGAAAGUUUCAGAAACUCAGAUAGAGAUGCCAUGUGAAAGCUCAAGGAAAGGAACCGCCUCUAAGCCUGAUAAAAUUCAGGAUGGUUCAGAUCUGAACCAACUAAUAGAGAAUACCGUCCACUCGGUUUCCACCACGCCUGUUGGCUUAGAACCUAAAGAUAAAGCUAAGGAACCAUCCAGUAAUAAUAAUGCAAUUGAUAAAGAGAGUCUUUUUCAUAUUAGCUACGUCACUACAAAUUUUGGAGAAACAUAUAACUUUGUGGCAAACCAUAUCAACAGUUAUUUUGGGAAUGUAGGGCAAAUGGAUAUCGAGAAGCAUGAUAAAUUACCUUUGUGUGACCCAGAGGUUGGAACAGAUCCUACCUGGACAGCACCUUUGAACUCAAAAGUUAAUGGAAUAGAUGAGCAAAAAAUUGAUGAUUUAAAAACUUGCAGUUCUCAGACUGCUGCACCCGGAGAAUCUUCUCCAACUCCAUCUACAAAAAAGAGUUUUGCUAACUUACUUUCAUACCCAACAAACAGUGUCCAAGCGUUUGUUGAUACCUGCUUUGGCAGUUUUGUUCCCAAGUUACGUAUUGAAAUGAAAGAGAAUGUUGAAGCCAAGAAUAAAAAGCAGAAGGGUGUAAGCGCAGGUAAAGAUGUCGAGCAAACCAAUGAGAAAGAAACCAAGUCAAUGGAUGAUAAAGCCAAGCAUCUGAAUCUUCAGCGAGAAAAGAUCAUUGCCAAGUUCAGUGUGGAUAACAGGACCAGAGCUUUGGUACAGGCGCUACACAGAGCCUCUGAUGUCAGAGUGUAUGUCAAUCGAGUAGAAGAGCUGACUUACCACCUUCUGGAAUUUCCUGAAAGCCGGGUUGUGGCUGUCAAGGAGAAGCUAAUUCCUCGUUUGUUGCGCCUGAGGCAAGCAAAUGAUGAAACCCUUCGGAAUGCAGUCAGGGAGAGCCUGGCUUUGAUUGGAUAUACAGACCCUAUCAAAGGACAUGGCAUCAGAGUCUUGACUAUUGAUGGAGGAGGAACAAGGGGACUGGUUGCUCUUCAGACCCUCCGUAAACUUGAAGAACUAACAGGGAAACAAGUCUAUCAACUGUUUGACUACAUCUGUGGGGUGAGCACAGGUGCCAUACUGGCGUUCAUGUUGGGGUUUUUCCAAAUUGCACUGGAUGAUUGUGAGGAAAUGUACCGGAAGCUAGGGACCGAUGUAUUCAAACAGAAUGUGAUCGUUGGAACUAUGAAAAUGGGAUGGAGUCAUGCCUUUUAUGAGAGUGAGCCCUGGGAAAAGAUACUGAAAGAAAGAAUGGGGGAAGAACUUCUAAUCCAAACUGCAAGGAAUCCGAAAAGUCCUAAGGUAGCAGCUGUAAGUACCAUAGUAAACAAAGGGACACCACUGAAAGCAUUUGUCUUCAGGAACUACAAUCACCUCCCCAGUGUAAGAUCGCACUAUAUGGGUGGCUGUCAGUUUAAACUGUGGCAGGCAAUUCGAGCAUCGUCAGCAGCACCUGGCUAUUUCCAAGAAUAUGCGAUUGGCAAUGAUCUUCAUCAGGAUGGCGGCUUGCUCAUUAACAACCCCUGUGCAUUGGCCAUACAUGAGUGCAAACGUCUAUGGCCAAACACACCAUUUCAGUGUGUAAUCUCUCUUGGAACAGGACGCUACGAAACGCUGGGGAAAAAUAAUGUGACCUACACAAGCCUCAAAGCGAAGCUGACUAAUGUAAUCAGCAGUGCCACAGAUACAGAAGAAGUUCAUACCAUGCUUGAUGCACUUCUGCCUCCUGACACCUACUUCAGGUUCAAUCCUUUCCUGAGUGAGGAUAUAGUGUUGGAUGAAAACCGUAAGGAGAAGCUAAAUCAGUUGCAAACGGAUGGGACCCGAUACCUUGAACGGAAUGAACCCAAGCUCAAGAAGGCUGCUCAAAUACUUAGUCAGGAGAAGGGCAUGCUUCAGAAAGUGUCUGAUUGGUUUAAGUUAAAAGCAGAUAUGUAUGAUGGCCUUCCUCUUAUUUCCAAGCUGUAAACUAAAAAUGUAUAUUUCUCAGAAUCUAGUUAGCAACCACAUCAGUGUAAUUCCGUCAUAGUGACUAAAUCAAUCAGCAGUGCUUCAAAAUUUGAGAAGCGAUACUGAAUUUGAGUUAAUACUUGAACCAGUUUUUUUUAAAGAAAUACCAAUGCUGCUUACUUUCCACAUUACUCAUCAAGCUCCAUUCUCAUCAUGCUUAUAAAUUGCUGCUUCCUUUGUCUUCGACCGAUAGCCGAGUGAUGCUCAGUAUAUUUCCAUGGGGAUAGCAUGUCUAUUCUUUGCUGAGUUUUGGUUUGGAUUAUUUAUUUUGCUAGCAAUCAAAUAUUUUCUUUGUGCUAAAUGAAGUUUUCAUGGAUAUGAAAAUAUCAACAAGGUUUUAACCACUUACAUGAUCAUGCUAUUUGAAGAUGUAAUUAGUUUAUUUACCCCCCCUCCCUCCCCCAGAAAAACUUGCCUUACACCAAAUCAAUGCAAUUUUCACUCUUGAGCACUUGAAGAUAUUUCAAUGACCAGGAUUAUUUGAAAGCAGCUCAGUGUUCUUAUAAAGGCACUUGAACAUGCUCCAUUUGUACAGUGAAUAAUGUAGAAUUUGUGUCUGUUGUUUAAGUAUACACUUUAUCCUGUUUCCUGAUAAACUGUAACAUGCUACUACAUUUCCAUUUUCUCGUGCAUAUCAAUAAACUUUGUAGUUUAAAACCA